UUGUGAUUCGUGCUGGAGAUGAUGGCUUCAGAGUCCAAGAAGUUGAAGGUGCUGACCAGAACUUUAACAAUGUUGAUCCUAACAAUCUCAACCUGCACGAUACACAGAACCAGAUGAUAGCUAUAGGCACAGAUAUUACCCCCUUGAAGCGUAUGAUCGAGGAUAUGGAAAUGAAAAGUGAUCAACAUGACAAUGUGUUCAAGAACAAUCACAGAAAGCUAAGGCAGGAUAUUAUGGACGAAUUUAAUAGACUACGACUUCCAGUACAAGCCCGUACGAAAUUCCAGCAUAAAAAUAAUGCCGCAGGAAACGCUCGCCUAGAAAACGCCCAGAAUGAAUCAGGUAGCAACAUGCAGCAUAAUGACAUGCAUGAGCCCCACGAUUCUCGCGAAGCCUGUCUUAACAAAGGAAUCAGAACUCUGUGGCAGCUAUAGCAGGAGUAUGACGCUGG